UCCGUGACUCCCCCCUCUCCUCCGGUUCGAGUUGGACCAAAGGCAAGCGCCAGCUCCGACCCGGCCCACGCACGCCCUCCUCCUCUCGCCGCCGGCGCCGAUUCGACUACGUGGGAUGCCGCCCAAGCGGAAGCGCGGGAGCUCGAGGCCGCGCGAGGCUCCCGCCGACUCCGUUACCGCCACCGAGGAAGAUGGUGAAAACAAGGGCGAGGAAGAGGCACCUCAGCCACAGGAUUCUGCUAAGGAGAAUGGAGCAGAAGAGAGUACUGAAGCCUCGAGAACAACAAGAAAGCGCAGGAAGGAUCCUGUUGCUGACCCAUCUUCUGUUGGGCUUAGUACCAGGGGCCUUCGGCAAAGGCGGAAUGGUCCAGUGGUGGUGGAGGCUAAGAAUACAAAGAAGACGGAUGGUACUUCAGACAUGUGUCAUCAGUGCCAGAGAAAUGACAAAGGAAGAGUUGUACGGUGCCUGGGCUGCACAACUUAUAGGAGGAGAUACUGUGUGCCGUGCAUCAAACGCUGGUACCCACAAUUAUCAGAGGAUGAUUUUGUGAAGAAGUGCCCAUUUUGUCGCAAUAUUUGCAAUUGUAAGACUUGUCUGCGAGCAAAAGUAACAAGAAAAGAGAAAGUUGUCAAAUGGAACGUGUCUAAAGAAGAUAAAAUUAAAUUCUCUCGGCGUACUGUGCACUUUUUGCUCCCUUGGUUGAAAGAAUUUCACCAAGAGCAGAUACUAGAGAAAAGUGUUGAGGCUGCAAUUAGAGCAGGGAUUGAUGCAUGCAAAGUGGAGGUUCCUCUAACUGCAUGUGGGCGUAAUGAACGGAUAUACUGCGAUAACUGCAGGACAUCAAUUGUUGACUUCCACAGAAGCUGCAAUAAAUGUUCCUACGAUCUCUGCCUCACCUGCUGCCAGGAGCUUCGUAAAGGCCUAACUCCUGGUAAUGGUGUCAACAGUGACAAGGUUACUACUCUACUUGAUUGUGGAGGCAAGGAAGAUUUGCAGCAGGGAAUUAGUCAUGAUAAAGUUGCAAGUCAAGGGCCUUCUGAUGGACAAGCCGGCAUGUUGAUAGAUAGUACAGUUCCCACUGACGAUAGCACUCCUGGCCUGAAACGGUGGACGGUAAAUAGCAAUGGAAGCAUAACUUGCCCACCAAAUGGAUUUGGUGGUUGCGGGAGUUCUCUUCUUGAACUUAAGUGCUUGUUUGAAGAGAAGUAUAUGGCUGACUUACUGGAGAAAGCCAAUUCAGUGAUCAACGAUGGAGUGAUGCUGAAGACGGGAGGAUCAAAAUGUUCCUGCUUCACUGAAUCCGGUGGCAUGGAUGAUGGUACAUCACGGAAAUCAGCUUGUAGAGAGAACUCCUGUGAUAACUACAUAUAUUGUCCAACUGCUAGAGAUGUUCAAAAUGGAAGUUUGGAUCAUUUCCAGGAGCACUGGUUGAAGGGUCACCCUGUAAUUGUUCGUGAUACGCUUGCGUUGACUUCUGGAUUGAGCUGGGAACCAAUGGUUAUGUGGCGUGCUUUACGAGAAAAGAGAGACAAGAAUAAAGAUGAACGGCUCUCAGUUAUUGCACUUGAAUGCCUGACGUGGUGUGAGGUUGAUGUAAAUAUUCACAUGUUUUUUGCUGGCUAUUCCCGCGGCCUUGUUGGUCCAGAGGAUUUGCCCCUGUUACUUAAGCUUAAAGAUUGGCCACCACAUAGUUCUUUUGAGGAGCGACUACCACGACAUGGUGCGGAGUUCAUGUCUGCGUUGCCGUUUCGUGAUUACACAGAUCCUAAGUUUGGCCCUCUUAAUCUGGCAGUAAAGCUGCCCAAAGAUGUUAACAAGCCAGACCUUGGUCCAAAGACUUAUAUUGCAUAUGGUGUUUCCCAAGAGUUGGGAAUUGGUGAUUCUGUUACCAAGAUUCACUGCGACAUGUCUGAUGCGGUCAAUAUCCUCACACAUACUGAUGAAAUAAAGCUCAAAGCAAAGAGGAUUGCAGCAGUAGAAAAGAAGAAGAAGAGCUUAUCUAUCGACGAAGAGAGUGGAGACCCUCAAGCUUCGCUUGCAAAUUUGGAUGCUGGUAUGCCAAGAGCUCAGUGUGAAUCUGACAAGGAGCCAAGACCUGAAGAGUGUGGAAAUGACUUGGGCAUAAUGCAGCCAGUACCACAUGUUGCUUUGGAGGAGCAGGAAGGUGUUCAAGAUGCGAUAGCUGAUGAAGCUGGGUCAAACUUAACUGUGUCGAAUGGGCAAUCUUCCUCUCAAUGUGAUGCAAACCAUGCGAAUGUUUCUUUUGAUAACAGAAAAGCAGAAGAUUCUUUGCACACAAUUAAUAAGAGAAAGAACAUUGGUGGUGGAGUCAACAGUGAAGUUAAAAUUGAAUCUUCUGGUGAUUUAGCAGAAAGAACAUCAGCUGAACCUACUGGUCAAGCAAGCAGUAAGCAGUGUGCCCGUAAUUAUUCUGAUGCAAGAGGAAACAGGAAUAGAAAAACAAGAAAGAGAAAGGAGACGGGACGAAUCGCCGUAACUCCUGAGUCAGAAGAUGACGAUCUCCCGUUUUUAGAGGGAAACCAACCAGAGGGUGGUGCAUUGUGGGAUAUUUUCCGACGGGAAGAUGUUAGCAAACUACAUGAUUAUCUAAUGAAGCAUGCAGAGGAGUUUAGGCAUACCAACUAUGAACCAGUGAAGCAGGUUACUAAUCCUAUACAUGAUCAAUGUUUUUAUCUAACAACUGAGCACAAGACAAAGCUUAAGGAAGAAUACGGAAUUGAGCCUUGGACAUUUGAACAGAAGCUUGGUGAGGCGGUAUUUAUCCCAGCAGGUUGCCCCCACCAGGUCAGAAAUUUGAAGUCAUGCAUAAAAGUUGCACUUGAUUUUGUUUCUCCGGAAAAUGUGCGAGAGUGCAUAAGGUUGACAGAAGAAUUCCGUCUGCUUCCAGAGUGGCAUAGGGUGAAUGAAGAUAAACUAGAGGUUAAGAAGAUAGCUCUUCACGCACUCGACCAAGCCAUUAAGGAUAUCUCUGGAUCUGAUUGCAAGGAAAGCCCAGAUAGUGAAGCUGAAGAUGAACCUAGCUCAAGUGAACAUGCAGAGAUGGAGGACGACCAAAAAUAGCCACGUCAAGCCAUGCCAACCGUAGCUUUAGUGGCACACUUGUUUCAGCUGAAUUUUGCUGUCGUUGCCUUACCGUUUGAUAUCUCUGUGGCCCCAAUAUCUUGAUCUCGAUCAAGCUGUUUUUGUAUAACUUGUGCUUUUGCAACUAGGCUGACAACAAGAUGCUAAGAUUUGUAGGCUAGCCACAGUUGUGUAUCUUUAUAUGUGAAGCAUGAUAUCAACUUGGGCAUACCAUACGGCUGAUAAUGUGUCACAGUUGAUGUGGACCAAUGCAUCCUUCAUUUUAUUA